GCAUUUUCUUUUCAUUCACAAAUUAACAAUAAUAUGGCAUUCGAUAUGUCGUCUUGGUGGUGCGAUCCCAGCGAUGAGAAAUGCAAGAUUUUCACGGUAAUCAUCACUUGUUUUGUUGUUGUAUUGGGGGUGAUCUGGAAUCUCAAGAAAUCGAAGAGAUUAAUUCCUCCACUGCCACCGGGUCCCCGUGGUUUUCCAGUAAUCGGUUACCUUCCAUUUCUUGAUUCUCAUCUCGCCAAAUCAUUCACAGAAUUGGCUGGAGACUAUGGUCCUAUUUACAAGGUGUGGCUCGGAAACAAAUUAUGCGUAGUGGUGAGCUCACCUUCACUGGCAAAAGAAGUGGUUUGUGACCAAGAUACAAUCUGUGCCAAUCGCGACCCGCCGGGCGCAGUACUAUUCUCCUCCUAUGGUGAGAACAAUAUUGCCUGGGCCCCUUAUGGUUCUGCCUGGAGAAAGUUACGCAAAAUAUUUGUGACCAACUUGAUGAGUAAUGCGAGCCUUGAAGUUUGUUACCCUCUAAGAAAACAAGUUAUUAAGAAAACUAUUAGAGAUGUGUACAGCAAAGUUGGAGAGCCUGUAGAUGUUGGGGAAUUGUCUCUUGCAACUUUGAUCAAUGUGGUUCAGAACAUGAUGUGGGGUGGCUCGCUUGAAGGAGAGAAGAGGACCAAUCUUGGGGUUGACUUACGAGAGUUAUUUGCAGAAUUCAUGGUGCUCCUAGCAACACCAAAUGUUUCAGACCUCUUUCCGGUGCUUUCGAGGUUUGAUUUACAGGGAAUACAAAAGCGGACAAAGAAACUUUUGUCCUCUAUCGAAAGGAUUAUUCUUGAUCCCGUUAUAGAGGGAUAUAGGAAUACCGAAUCGGUUAAAGAGGGAGAAGGGAAAAAUGAAAAGAAGGAUUUCUUGCAGCUCCUCCUCGAGCUUACUGAGCAUAAAGAUAGUGCAAAUUCAAUUACGAAGAGCCAACUUAAGGCGUUGCUUUUGGACAUGAUUUUGGGUGGAACCGACACAACAACCACUAUGGCGGAGUGGACAAUGGCAGAAUUGAUGAAACAUCCGGAAAUAAUGAAGAAGGUUCAAGAAGAAUUAGCUGAGGUUGUAGGCAUGGAUGGCUCGGUGGAAGAGUUUCACUUGCCUAAGUUGAAGUACUUAGAUGCUGUUGUGAAAGAAACAUUACGUCUCCACCCGGCUCUUCCCUUUCUAGUACCACGUUCUCCGAGCGAAACUUGCACUAUUGGCGGCUAUACCAUACCCAAAGGUUCAAGAAUUAUGAUAAAUGUUGGGGCUAUCCAGACAGAUCCUCGGUUUUGGGAGAACCCCUUGGAAUUUCGACCUGAAAGGUUCUUGAAUGACCCUGGAAAAUUUGAUUACAUGGGAAAAAAUUUCCAGUAUAUGCCAUUUGGUUCAGGUAGGAGAGUUUGCCCGGGGAUUAACUUGGCAGAGAAAAUGCUUAUGUCUGUAUUGGCUUCAUUGUUGCACUCCUUUGAGUGGAAAUUGCCAGAUGGUACUGAGUUGGAUCUUUCUGACCAAUUUGGGAUUGUUGUGAAGAAAAUGAAGCCUUUGAUCGCCGUUCCAACACCAAGAUUAUCGAAUUUGGAGCUUUAUUAGUAUGACAUCUUCUCUUUAUUAGUAUGAUAUCUAGAAGGUGCUUAAUUAUUUAGCAUUUUCGCGGUGGACUCAAAAUGGGUAGGUAUUUGCAAAAUAAAACUUGUCUUGGGCCAAAAAGGGAGCUUUAUGUGGCCCGUUUGUAAGUUCUAUUUUCAAGCAUCCAAUGUUAAAAAAUGAAUAGGCACCAUCAUUAAUCUGUGGUUGUGUUGCUUCAAUUGUAUGGUUAAUGUCCAAUAAUGUCUCUUACUAA